UACGUCUGCACCAAGACCAGGGCAGCGCUGAUAUGUGCUCUGGUCUGGUUCUUCGCUGCACGGUUCACCAGCCCCAUCCUCGGCGUGGCCACAUUCACCUACGAGCACUACGACGACGGCACCGAGGUCCCGGUCUGCCUCACCCAAGCAGACACCUUCUGGUCGGCUCUCUUCUUCAUCCUCACCAUCGCUGUCUUCUUCAUCGUACCCCUCGGCGUUCUACUAGUCCUCUACAGCGUCAUCGCCAAAAACCUCAUGGAAAACCCGGCCAUCAUCGCCCAGAACACAAAAAACACCAGCAAUACUGGCAACGUCAUCAGAUACAGAAAACAAGUCAUCCUAAUGCUCGGCACAGUCGUACUAUCAUUCUUUCUAUGUCUACUACCGUUCAAAGCGUUAACGCUGUGGAUUAUCGUAUUCCCCCCUGAGACAAUAAUGUCAUUAGGCAUAGAUGGUUAUUAUAUACUUUUGUAUUUUUGUAGGGUUAUGCUGUAUUUAAACUCGGCUAUCAAUCCGAUCCUGUACAAUUUGAUGUCAUCCAAAUUCAGGGAAGGAUUUGUAAAGCUGCUUAAGAUAAAUAAGUUGAUGAGGUGCAGUAGGAAUUUAAGGGAGAACAUGCAAAGGCGAGACACUUUCAAUACGACUACAUCUACUGGAUUUUCAAGUAGCAAAGACCAUUCAGAUUCUUUCUGGAGACGCUACAGUAAUAGAGCAUCGUCCCAGAAGAAUAUUAUCAAUAGGGAAAGCAAAAGAAUCAAAGAAAUUGACGUUACUGCCAAACCGUUAAAAGUAAGCGAAAUUAUCAACGUCCAGAACACAAGGCGUAAUAGUAUGAAGAUAAUAGCAGCAAUGAACGAAGUCAACGACAACAUUGAAGUGGAAAUACAUGAUAAUCAUUUAGAUAAUAACGAUGAAGCAAUAACUGAAGAGGUCGAUCAGAACAAUAAGCAGAUACAAAUACUAAAUUUAGAUGUUAAGACCAAUAAUGUGUAUUCUAUAACGUUAGAUGUAAACGAGAAUGGGGAGGGGAGAAACAGGUUUGUAUGUGUGCCGGCGCAGGAUAGAGAGAACAAAAAUAUAUUUGUAUACGACUUUAAGAGCAAAGAGAGUUUUGUGUAGGCGUAGGUUUUUUACGUGGGUGAUUAGACAGAUCCUAAACGAUUCUGUGAACUGAUGUUCGACCUUAUUUUGAGAUUGUCUGCUGUCUAAGUCUUCAUAUCUAAAGUAUAGUAUAUUUACAGACAAUACUAGGAGCCAUAUUGUAUGACAAUUAGAAUCGUUCGUUCAUUACAAUUUUCAGCCAAAUGACUGAAUGUUGUGGAAUUCCUUGGGGAAGGCAUUGGACAGAUGUCCAGCAGUAGAGGUAAUUUGGCAGAAAUUAGAAUCAUUAUCAUCAGGUGAUAUGGUAUCUACUGCAGGAGUACGACCCUCUCUGAUUUACCAGAGGAAAUGGAGGAUCUAGCUUUCACUCCCCACGUUGGCUAGACGAAUUGGAGAGGCAUAGGUACUCGUACAUGACGACAGGACCGACGACAUCGUAAAGGUAGCGGGAAAGCGCUGGACGCAUGCCGCUACCAACAUGGAAAGCAUUGGGGGAGGCCUAUGUUCAGCAGUGGACGUCCUAUGGCUGAGAUGAUGAUGAGGUACUCGUACAUAAGCAUCCUUGCUCAUUAGUCAUUUUAGUUAAUUUAUUUAGUUUUAGAGACAACAAAAUCUCAAAAUCAGGUCCAAUAUACUGUGGUGCGAUUGGCCAAAGGCAAAAAAGCAUUUAUAUUAUGUACCUAAUCUUAGAAAUAAUAUGCGUUUGUAAAAUUGUGUUUGGGUUGAAGUGUAUAUUUUAUAUGUUGAUGACAUAUUUUUUAAUCAUUUUAAUAUCGUAUAACAAACAUUUUAAUAAAAUGUAAAAUAAUGUGUAAUACAAUUUCAUAAAAUGAAAAUAAAUUGUACUGUUUAGAAUGCCUUGAUUUUG